CUGUAUUUAUUCUUCAAAGACUUUGAGAAAUGGGUGGAAUGCCAACAGAAAAUACUUCGUCUGCCUUGGCUUUCCCAGGGUCGCAGCCAAAUCAAGGAUCAGCGGUCACUACUGCACCUAGCCUGGAUACAAAGCCGAAGAAGAAGAUCUGCUGUGCUUGCCCGGAUACUAAGAAGCUGCGCGAUGAAUGCAUUGUGGAGCAUGGUCAAGAGGCUUGCACAAAAUGGAUCGAUGCUCAUCUCAGGUGCCUUCGUGCAGAGGGCUUCAAUGUUUGAGAUUGCCAGAGAUGGUUAAGAUAAUAAAUUGAACAUUAACCAGUUUUGAAAGAAUACAUUUAUUUUAUGUUUACAACAUACGAGAAGAUAAUAUCUGAAAGUUCGAAAAUAAUGCAUGGAGAGCUUCUGUUUACCAUUAGAUGCAAUCAAAUUUUACUUGUAUUUUCUUUUCUUUGAGAUUGCAGUCUUAAAUUUAUAAAGUGCAGUACACAUUGGUUGAUAAGUUACAGGAUUGAUCUCAGUAUCUGCUUUUGUCUUGUCUAAGUGUAAUAUUUUUUUGUU